CCUCGCUCUUGACCUUUCUGAGAGCAAAGGUGCUAGCUGAGCUGUCAAGCACGUACAACUGCCCACCGACAAUCCGAUACCAAAAAACACCCCCCCCAUCAAUAUUCCUAGUCACCAAUCAUCAUCAUGUCGGACUCGGAAGAUUUGGUCGAGCUUCCUGAGGAGGAUGAGGAGGAUCUCUUCGGCGACGAGCCGGCGGACGAUGUCCUUGAGGACCGUAGUCGUGCCGGCAGCGAACGCGACGCGGCAUCCGACCAGGAUGCGGGCGAGGGCUACGGCAGAGAUGACGAGGUGCCGGCAUCGACGGACUAUGAGACGAGGGUCAUUGAGGCUGUUGAGAUGCAGCGCCAUCGCAUCCCCAAGGCGAAAGAUCAGAGAUUGCGAUCUCUUCGUGUCCCGAAAUUCAUGAGAAUCGUCCCCACGCUUUUCGAUCCCGAAACAUUCGAGCCUACUGAGCAAGACAUUGAGAACGCCAAAGCUGAAGUGCCCAAGGCAGACAUCCGCGUCCGGAGACAGGGAAACAAGCUGCAGAGCAACGCCAUGAUCCACAGAUGGAGCGACGGCUCUGUGACGAUGACCGUCGGCGACGAGCACUUUGAAGUGACAACUAAGGCCCUGGCUCCUGGGCCCGACCAACCAUACUCGGAACUUCAAGACGGACACUACUACGCCGCCGCUGCCGAGUAUUCCAGCAACUUCCUCAUGUUCGUGGGACAUGUCACCGAUCAGUAUAUUGUCCGACCCGGAAAGGAAGUUGCCGACGACGCCCUCAUUGCUCUUGCGGAGCGCAUGGCGACGAUAUCGCAAAAGCCACAGGAGAAGGACAUGAUCAUCAACACAAUCCAGGAUCCCGAGUUGCGCAAGAGACAAGCGGAACAGGCAGAGAAGGAGCGCAUGAAGAUGCAACGGCGUCGGGAGACGCAGACGGCCCGCAUGGACUCCAGUCGUGGAUUUGGCCGCAGCGGAGGUCUCUCGAUUGGGGACCUCGAGGGUGGACGACGCGCUGGUGGAUCGCGUAAGAGGGGCAUGCCCGGCGCACCGAAGCAAAAGCGAAGGCGUCCUGAGUAUGACUCUGAUGACGACCUGCCUUCUGGUGCUCGCAGGCAAGAUGAUUAUGACAUGGAGGAUGACUUUAUUGUUGCGAGUGACGAGGAGGUCAGCGAGGGAGACCAGGACGACGACGAGGAGCCUCUCGGCGACGACGAGGCGCCACGGUACAAGAAGCGACGGAGGAGGUCGGACGACGACGACGCCGAAGGCGACGAUGAUGACAUGAUGGAGACAAGCGGUCGCGGAAGACGGCGCCAUGUUGUCGACGACGAUGAUUCGGAGUGAGAAUAUCGCCGGCGACCUGCCUUAGGCUCUAGGCUAGCUCAUUUGCACCGAGCUGGCCAUGACCAUUGUACUAUAACAGGCCUACUUUUCUUUUGCGCAAUUGGUGCGAGCGCUCCAGAUACCGCGCCCCUAGAAAGGAAUCGAGAUGCAAGCAGCACGAGCACUGCAAGAUUGACACGAACUUCUCCCAUUUGUCGUCCAAAAGGAAGAACGACGAGCCCAUCAGCACGCGUCGUGACACAUCUCGUGGGACUUGUCCACGCCGGGACUGGCGUCGGCAGGGCACGUGCGGGUAGUGUAACCGUCGUUUUCUCUUUGUCAUCGCUCUCUGGCCGUUGAAGGUCGGUGGACUUUGUUGGGAACGGCUUAGCAUGUAACUAUUGAAUCACAUCGU